AUGCCGGUGAACCAGGAAAAGGGCGAACGACUGUCCUACAGUAGCUGUGAGACAGCUGAGAAUUACACUGAUAUUGUACAGACCGUGGAGGCGACGAGUGCAUCAGCUCUCAGGGGGAGCUCCUUUUCCGAUUCACAAACACUGUCUGGUGACGCCUUUUGGAUCCUCCUUGUCAACGUCUCUGGCCAGAACUCUUCAAGUGAGCAUGUCUGGAGCAGACACAUCGUUCGCAAGAUGUCCAAGGUGACUAGCCACGAGAACGUGCGCAGUCUCAAGACCACCUUCAUGCUAGGUUUCAAGAACUCGGUGACAGCAAAAGUCAAGUUGAUUGGCGGUGCCGCAAGCGAGCAGGAAAUCAGGCUUCAGUCGGCGCUUCAGGAGACUGUUCAAGAGAUGGUCAAGACAUCCGAAGACAUCAGCGAGGAGAGGACAAUCUCCGUCAAAAGCACCAUCCCGCCGUAUGGCUCGCUGAUCCUUUAUCAGCUGCAGAUGAGCGUUCCGGAUAUGGGCGCUCACUUCGCCUUUGACGUGGUGUCAUCUUACAACGGUCCCAUUAUGAAAGUUCCUUUCAAGGUUGAAGUGGGCUACAACUUGGAGAGUGCCAGUCAGGUGCUAGAUAGCCUUGCCAGAACGAAGCCGAAGCGCCAUAACAAGAAGGAGUGGGCAAGCAUCCGCAAGAGCUUGGAGGACAGCGUGGCGCAACCGCUGGAGACCCGGGUCGACCGCUUGAUGAGUGUGCUGCAAGACACACAUCCAGGAAGCAACAACAAAAAGGUCCACGGCAGCUGUGGUGGUCCUGACUCCUUCAUGCAGCUUAUGUAUGGCGAAGAGAAGGCUGAUUGCGAGGAGCUGCGGGACAUGGUUGCUGCUUACCUCAAGGAUCAGAAUGUGGAGGACAAGGUGGAGAUUCGUCUCGUUGACGGCAUGCUCAGUGCAGCCAAUGUGGCUACAUUGGGUGAGGGCCGCUAUGUCGUCAACAUCGCCAAGGGGCCAGUCUCAAAGCCCAUUCUCCAAUCGAUCUGUGACCAUGAGGUCGGCACGCACCUCCUUCGAAUGAUGAACGACGAGCACCAGGUGUGGCACGGCUGCCGAGACCGCUACAAGCUACAGAAUCCCUGGACGACGGAGGAAGGCUUUGCCACGCUGAACACGUCUUCCCUGCUUGCUUUCGUUCUUGUCAAGUACAUGAAUGUUCGUGUUCAAGGCUUGAGGGCGAGACAUACCGCUUUGUUGAUCGUUGUUGACGUGUGGCAUCGUAGGCGACGUGCCGCGUGCAACUAUGAGCUCAAAACGCCGAUUGAAUCUGCGAAGCAGGAUGCCCACCAGUGCAGCAUUACCAACUUCACCAGUUGUUGA